UGUACACUGAUGAUUAUACCGGAAGUUAAAGUAUGGAGUCCCACUUUAAAAUCAACUGCGUUGUCACUUGGUGUCAGCGUGAAUGCUGUAAGAGUCUGUCCAGAGAUAUACAAUUGUUUGAUCAUCAUUACUGCUGGAAAUGACUUUGCAACUAGUACCGGCCCUCGGGGGCAUGUCGGCGUUGUUGGCAGGACUACACGUGGAUCAGGAUGUCCAGAGUGCCGUCGUGCAAACGGUUUCUCGUGCGGAGUCAAGCGUCUCGAAGUACGAGAGCAUCAUGACCAGCGAGGGAGGCAGGAUCAUCACCGAGAAGGACCUACUUGUGGCCUCCUCGUGCCCCAGUGACGUCAGAGUACAGAAAAUGAUGACGUCAAUCGAGAAUGCGACCUCCUCUAUUGUGUUGAUAAGAGACGAUGUUAUCCAAAUACAGUCCUCGGUGCACGAGAAUAUCGAGCUGUGUAGAAAACGAACCCAAAGCCACAAACAAACCAUUGACGGGGAUACUGCGAAGAUGGAGACCCUUGCAACUCAAAUUUCAGGUACGGAGAGUGAAAUAUCGUCGUGUCAGACUGACAGUGCGACCUUCGAUGGUGACGCAGCAAGACUGGAUGCGAGGGCUGGGGAAAUUGAGCAUGCGGCGAGGAAAAAGAAAAAGAAAGGCAGAUGGGGUGCCGUGUUGGGCGGCGCCGGCAUCCUCCUAGCGCCAUUUACCGGUGGCUUAAGCCUGACGUUGACAGCGGUGGGGGCUGCGACGGCGGCUGUGAACCUGAACGAUGCCGGAAGUUGUAGGAACACCGCAAGGGAUCUUCGUUCGUCGGCAGAGCAACGUCGACGAGAUGCUGAAAAUCUGCGUACCAGGAAAGCUGGCCUUGAGACAGAGAAAUCAGAAGCCGAACUGGAGAUAACUACAAUCAAGUUGAAAAUUGACCAACUUGAGAAAGCCUCGACCUCUCUCCAAAAUAUGACAUCGGAGCUUUCAACGUUCGUCCUGGCCAUCGACAACACGCUUAAUGCAUUUCAGAACAUGGAGACGUGUUUCAAAGAGACGCUGCUACAGACCGAGUCGUUCACCAUCAUCCAGAACGCGUUCGCUAGGCAGCCAGAGAGGUUGGAGGGGACGGCCAACAAGUACCUGGCUGAUCUCAAGGCUAGAUGGGAGGCGCUUGAAGGGCUGCUGUUGAAGAGCGGCGCUAGACGACCCCUGGCUGUCCAGCAGUGACUCUGCUAUACAUGUAUACUGUGUUCAAAACACACACAUAAGCUUGUGGUGUAUUGUGGUCAGACAUUACUUUGUUGAGUUUAGUCUCAGCUAUAACUUUUAACCUUUAGAAUUUUUAGUGUUAUUAUAUACAUAUAUAUCGCUUCCCAUGGUUCAAUCCAAUAACGGCUGACUGCUGAUUGACUGAUAUAAAUGUAUUGAAGAACUUGGGAACUACUGCCUUCUCAUUGGACAACAUAUAAUGUUGACCACUAAGUUACAUUAUCAGUCAGCCGGUAUUGAUUUUAAUCAGGUAGAUCGAAUGAUUUAAACAGAUGCCUCGCCAGUAGACACAAUAUAACUUUGAAAAUAAGCGCCGAGCCUGAUCAUGUUUAAUCAUUCCCAUUCAUCAGAGGUUUGAUAAUACUAAUUGUAUGUGGUACGCAUAACAUCAUCACUCUGGUGAACGAGAAUGUGUUAGAUUUGAUAAAUGCUUAAAGUGGCACUCUUAUUCCAAAUCAAUACAUACACAUGUAUACCAAAGAUUCAUUUUGAGUGGUUAACCUUCAACUACUUACUAAAUAAUGCCUAUAUGUUAAAUUUUAAUAACUGAUAACAAGUUCAUAACAGUGUAUUUAAUAGCUGAAAACCCAAACAAAUUAAAUGAUUGGUGAAUGUUGAACGAUUAACUGUGAUCUACUAUCGUCUCAUAAGGUAGAAACACUGUGUUUUCUGCAUCUUUCUUUCAAAUCAAACGCAGUAUCCUUCAUAAGAACCAUUGUUUUCGACAUGUAUUAAUCCUCUUUGGUAAAUUAAAAAAAAAAGGUAAAUCUUAUUUGGAAGUAAUAGUGCAUCUUUAAUCUAGUCGGGUGAUAUUGUUAAAAUAUUAUGCAUAUUUGGAUGUGUUGCGUUUAAUUGCAACAUGUGUGCACAUUUGCAUCUCGGGUAAUUUUUUGACUUAUUUAUAUGGUAUAUGUUAACAUUGUUUUUUUGUAAUAAAAUGCCAUUAGUUUGUGUUAAAAAGAACAUUAGUCAUAAUGAUGAAGCUAAAAUUAUUCACGGAAGAUAUCGAUAUUUAUAUUUGAUAAAACUAUUCUAUUCACUAAGCGAUAUUAUAUUGCAGUAUUUUAAGAGAAAAAAAAAUGUCAUCCUGUCAGAAAAAAAUUUAAACUGCACGUAUUUGCUUUUUUUCAUUCAUAAAAAAUAAGAAUAAAGAAUGUGUUUAAAAGUAAUAACUUCCAGCUGAAAUAGGAGUGUGAUAGCUUUUAUAAUUUAAUGUAUUUGAUAUUUUAGCAUUCCAUUUUGAUAGCAUAUGAGACUCAAAGAAAGUCCAAAUAAAUAAAUAAACGUA